CAAAAGAUUACCAUCACCAACGACAAGGGUAGAUUAUCCAAAGAAGAUAUCGAAAAGAUGGUUAACGAAGCUGAAAAAUUCAAGGAAGAAGAUGAAAAGGAAGCUGCUAGAGUUCAAGCCAAGAACCAAUUGGAAUCAUAUGCCUACUCAUUGAAGAAUUCUUUAUCAGAAGAGCAAUUCAAGUCCAAAUUGGAUGCUUCCGAAGUUGAAGAAGUCACCAAAGCUGCUGACGAAACCAUCAGCUGGAUCGAUGCCAACCAAACUGCCACUCAAGAAGAAUACGCAGACCAACAAAAGGAGUUGGAAUCCAAGGCCAACCCAAUCAUGGCUAAGGCUUACGGUGGUGCUGCUCCAGGUGGCGGUGCUCCAGGUGCUGGUGGUUUCCCAGGUGGUGCUCCAGGUGCCGGUGAUGCUGCUCCAGAAUCAUCUGGUCCAACUGUUGAAGAAGUGGAUUAA